AUGGCCGAGACUCAACCCGAAGAGAAGCUCAACUGGGCCGAUGAGGCUGACAAAGGCCAGAUGGAUGGCGCCACUACUUGGACCGAAGGCUCUCAAGGCCUCAACGAGCCCGAAUUUGAUGUCAAUGUGAAGUUGGCCGAUCUGCAAGAAGACCCAAACAACCCGCUGUAUUCUGUCAAACACUUCGAGGACCUCAACCUGUAAGCCAAAACAUGCCAAGCUGCAGAGCGCACUCUCAUUGACAACGUGCAUAGCCCGGACGAGAUCAUGAAGGCAUUAUCUCUAAACAACUUCCGAAAGCCGUCCAAGAUUCAAGAGCGCGCCCUCCCGCUUCUCUUGAAAAACCCACCUCAGAACCUCAUCGGCCAGUCGCAGUCCGGGACGGGCAAGACCGCAGCCUUUGUCCUCAACAUACUCGUGCGCACCGACCUCUCUUCCGACAAGCCGCAGGCUUUGAUCCUCGCACCGACACGUGAGCUGGCAAAACAGAUUGCAGGCGUCGCAGCAGUCAUGGGAGCAUACCUCAAGGACAAGGGACUGAAGAUUGCGGAAGCGGUUCCAGACCCAAGUAAGAGAGGACAGCAUAUCGAAGGCCAAAUUGUUGUCGGUACUCCCGGGACAGUCAUGGAUGUUCUGAAGCGUCGUCUCCUGGAUUCUCGAAAUAUCAAGGUUCUCACCAUUGAUGAGGCUGAUAACAUGCUUGAUAUGCAAGGAAUGGGCGAUCAGUGCAAGCGCGUGAAGCAGCAGUUGCCCAGGACUACCCAAAUUGUGCUCUUCUCGGCUACGUUUCCUCAGCAGGUGCUCUCUUUCGCAGAACAGUUUGCCCCAGCUGCCAAUCAGAUCACCCUACAGGUUGAGCAGCUCACGGUCAAAGGUAUCAAGCAGAUGUACCUUGAUUGCCAGAACGACGAGGAGAAGUACGCCGCGCUUGUCAAGUUCUAUGGGCUGAUGACGAUUGCCUCGUCCGUCAUCUUUGUCAAGCGUCGAGACACUGCUGCCGAAAUCGAACGUCGGAUGACCCAGGAGGGACAUAAGGUUGCUCAGUUGACUGGAGCCCUGGAGGGGGUGGACCGAGAUGCGGUGUUCGAACGCUUCCGAACUGGAGAGGCCAAGGUCCUCAUCACCACCAAUGUGCUUGCUCGUGGUAUCGACGUGCAGACCGUAACGAUGGUCAUCAACUACGACAUUCCGGAGGCUGCAGAUGGCUCGCCCGACUUCGAGACCUAUCUCCACCGCAUCGGUCGUACAGGUCGUUUCGGUCGCACCGGUGCUGCUCUCAGCUUCGUCCACGACCGGCGCAGCUGGCAACAGCUCAUGACAAUCUGCAAGCAUUUCGGCGUCGAGCCGACCAAGCUCGAUACUAGUGAUUGGGACGCCGUCGAGAGAAUGCUUAAGCAGAUCAUGAAGAACUCCCGCAACAAAGUGGAGAUCACGCCAGACUAG